AACAUGGAUGAGAGACAAGAAAGUCUAGUAUUGCAAGAAUUAUUAAAACAUAUAAAAUUAAAAUCGAUAAGCGGAAUUUUAUCAUGUUUAGCACGGCUUCAAAACGAUUCAAAGUGCUAUAAGCAAUUUGCCAAAAAUGGAGGAUUAAGCAUUUUAGUAAAUUUACUUCAUUAUCAUAAUACAAAAAUACUGAAUAUGACUCUAAGUAUUUUAGCAAAUGCUUGUAUGAAUUCAGAUGCAAGAGAAAAGGUCAAAGGAUCUAAAAUAGUAAGUCGUGUAGUUACUAUAAUAAAGCAUAUCAAACUAGGAAAUACUAUACACUGCCGAGCUUGUAGACUCAUUGGAAAUUUAUCUGAAUGUAAUUGGCAUGCAAAAUCAUUAUACGAAGCUGGAGCAAUUCAAGCUUUGGUUGAUCUUUUACAAUUAGAUAUAUAUAUGCAAACUUACUUAAUGGGCAUCAGGGCUAUAAGAAAUAUUUGGAGCAUGCAUGAAGGUAGUAGAGAAGAAAUCUUAGAAUCUGGAGUAAUAUUUAGAAUUACAAGUUUAUUAGUAUUGGCAAAGGAACAAUCAGAGACAAAUGCAAAAUAUGUAACAUUAAUAGAAACCUGUUUGAAAGCAAUGUGUGCUUUUUUGGCCACACUAGAUCCUCGAGUUGGAGAACAAUUACGAGGAGAAAAAGACAUACAGGGUUACAAAUGUAUUGUACAAUGCUGUGAUAUAAAUAAUAAAAUGGCAAUUAGAUGUUUAUACAAUCUUUGCCAAAUUGCAGAAUGUCGUCCUAUUUUAGGAAAUUUUGGUGCUAUUGAAAGUUCCAUUGCUCUUAUCAAAGAUCAAUUAGAAUUGUCUAAAGAGACAUUACUUAGUUUAUGUCUGUUUUGUAGAGAAGCGAUAAAUCGUGCGAGGAUUAGAAUGGGAUCGGGUUUAGAAUUAAUGUUAUCUUUGUUAAAGGAUACAAAAUAUGAAAAAUAUCAUCCCAUGUUAUUACAUGGUUUAGCACAAUUUGUUUUUGAUAGUCCAAGUAUUACAAUAAUGAUAAAGAACGGUGUACUUGAUGUCAUAGUUGCUAAAUUAAAAAAAAUGGUAACUGAAAUAAUAUCCAAUAAGGAAGCUAAUGUUUCAAGGAAAAGGGAAAAUGAUUCUCCUCCAAGUAAACAAACAGAAUUAAAAUGCAAUAGGACAAAUUUAGGACGAUUUAGUUCAGAUUAUUACCGAAAUGAUUGGAGUCCAGGCAGUGCUACUAGCGUGUCGUCUUCACCUCCUAGUACACCACCAUUACCUUUUUAUGAUUCUAUUGAAAACGACGAAAGUACUGAAGAUAAUUACAGUCCAAUUUGUAGUGAUACGGAGAUAAUGGAUAACGAUGAUGAACCGCAAGAAGAAGUAGAAUCAUUAAAAAGUUGUAAAUCAAUAACUAUAGAUGUAGAAGAAUCUCAAAAUUUAGAAAAGGGAAAUAAAUCGAAUGGUUGGGAAUAUGCAUCUAUGUGUCCACUAAUAUUAUUAAAUAGAUUGAGUUGCUCAAAUGAUCCAGUUGAACAAUUGGCUGAUCCCGCGACUAUUGAAGCAUUAUCAGCCUACAUCAGACACACUAAGCAUCCAAGAGCGUCUAGAAUUUUAACUACAAUCAUACGUAAUGGAGCAUAUUUAAUACCUUUGUUAAAACAAGGCUUCGUUUUUGAAGCUCAAACAUUAUACGGUUCUGAACAGUACACUAGAGAGUUGUGUGCACUAGCAGAAACUGAUGGAGCAAUAGGUGAACUUACAUCUAUAUUACUUCGCGGAGAAGAAGCUCAUAAAUUAGUUAUUGCAGUUUCGAUACCAUUCCUGGUGAAAUCACGACACAUUCUAAAAUCGCUGUUGAACAAUCAUGGUGGUCUUCGAUUAAUAUUUAAUGUUUUGUCUGACCAACAACAUAAUCUCCACGAAAAUGCUAUUUGGUCAAUUUGUCGACUAGCAAAUACAUUGGAAAUCCAACCUGAGAUUAUAGAAAAGUGUCAAAACACAGACAUCACUUCAACUGAUUUUCCAAGAGUAUAUGAUAAUCAUCCAAAACCUGCAACAGUUACGUUUGAACUAGACGAUGGUACAACCAUCGACGCUUGUAGACAAACACUCUGUCAAAAAUCGGACGUCUUUUCCGCGAUGCUUGAGGGAAAUUUUUCAGAAUCCGGAAGAAAACGUGUAAAACUACGAAAUACAUCGAAAGAAGGUCUUAAUACAUUAUUGUUAGCUGCAAAUGGAGCGACUUUUGAAAAUAGAACUAUCGAGUCUUUAUUAGAUGCUGUACUGUUGGCUGAUAAAUUUCUUAUGGCAGAUAUAUCAGAUAUUCUUACGGAAAGUUCUAUUUCUAAAUUGAAUUACAAAAAUUUCAGUAGAGCUUGGAAUUGGGCGAGAGUGAAUUCAUGCCACGAACUGAAAACCUGUUGUGUAAAAAGAUUUUUAACAGCUUCAAUGACAAAGUCUGAAAGAGCCCAAGCAUUUCAAGAUUUUUCUAGCAGCGGAAGUUUUCAUGAAUUUCUGGACGAUGUAAGAAAAGUCAUUAAUUGCGUUUUGUGCCAACGUUAAUAAGAAAUUAAUUUUGCAUAAUUGUGAUAUUUGAUAGAGACGACAUAAACGGCUAUUUCAACUAUUUAGUUGAUGUUCUCUA